AUGUCAUUCCCACCGCCUCCUGUUUCUUCGGUGUUAGAUGCCAUUGGCAACACACCGGUCGUUCAGCUCAAGCACAUUGUCCCGAAAGACAGCGCCGAUGUGUUCGUCAAACUCGAAUACAUGAGUCCCACGGGGUCUUACAAGGAUCGAAUGGCUCGAUCUAUGAUAGAAGAAGCUGAGCGCCGUCUGGACCUUACGCCCGACAUGACAGUUGUCGAAGCCACCGGCGGCAGCACUGGAUCUUCGCUGGCCUUUGUCUGCGCCGUCAAGGGCUACAAGUUCAUGGCACUCUCUUCCGAUGCGUAUGCAAAAGAGAAACUACGAACAAUGGCUGCGUUUGGCGCAGCUGUCGAUAUCACGCAUAGCCCUACGGGCAAAGCAACAGCGGAUCUUAUGGCAUCAAUGAAGUCUCGGGCCACAGAUCUGGGGUCAAACGACAAGUAUUUCCACACCGAUCAGUUCAGCAACUGCGAUGCACUUGUGGGAUAUGCAAAGAUUGGCCAAGAGCUUUUGAGCCAAUUCCCAGAGGGCUUCGAAGUGUUCUGUGGCGCCUUCGGCACGGCUGGUAUGAUGAUGAGUGUUUCCAGCGUCAUCAAAGCCACCAACCCAAACAUUCGAGUUGUCCUCCUGGAACCGGAGUCCGCAGCCCUGUUAGCUCACAGUCGGAGAGGCUCCCAUGCUGUUGAUGGCAUUGCACCCGGCUUUAUCUCGACUCACGUUGACGAAACGUUGCAAUGUGCCCUAGUUAUUCUAGGGGCAUUCAUGAUCAACUUUACUACCUGCGGGGUCAUCUUCAGUUUCGGGGUUUAUCAGGAGCAUUAUGAGACUAUGGUACUCCACGAUGACAAUCCUUUCACUGGCGCAUCGGCAGCCUCUAUCGACCUCAUUGGCACCCUUUCCGCGUCUCUGAUGACAAUAUCAGCUCCAUUUGUGAUGGCGUGGACAAAGUACUUCAGGCCUAAGUACGUUAUAUGGACUGGCGGAAUACUCUUUGGUGUCGCGGGCAUUCUGGCGAGCUUCGGUAAAGCACUUUGGCACUUCCAGCUGGCUCAGGGAAUGCUGUUUGGAAUUGCUGCGGGGCUUUCGUUCAUUCCAUCCAUGACUAUUGCCCCUACAUGGUUUGAUGGCCAAAGGGGCGUCGUCAUGGGCGUGAUAUCAGCAGGCACCGGCAUCGGUGGAUUGGUUUGGGCACCAGCAACGUCGGCCUGCAUCAGCGAAUUCGGCUUCCGAAACACUCUUCGACUGGUGGCUUCCUUUAAACUGCCUCCAUUUAGCGCCUCCUACUAUACGCCAGUCUUCUUCAUAGUCUUGUACAGCAAGGCUUUGGGGUACAAUGAGAAGGAUGGCGCAAAUCUGACCGCGCUCAGUAAUGCCUGCAACGCCAUCGGGAAGGUUUCCGCAGGACUUUUAGGAGAUCGUUUGGGAAGGCUCAACUCGUACUUCCUAACGACCUUCAUCACGGCAGUCAUCAUCAUAGGCUUAUGGCUCCCGAGCACGAGCGUUGGGAACGGGAAUGAAGCAAUGAGCCGGCAGCUUUUUAUUGCCUUCACCAUUCUAUAUGGUCUUUUCGCGAGCGCGUUCAUCAGUCUAUUCCCUGUGGCCCUGGUAGAGCUCUUUGGUGUCGAUAUGCUCCCUCGUUUGGCUGGAGUCAUGUACAUGCUCCAAGGCUUAGGCACUCUUGUGGGCACGCCCAGUGCUGCGGUCUUGAUCUCCAGCUACAAUGGCUCUGUAGAGCCCAGCAGCUACACCCCUGUGGCAGCCUUUGUGGGUGCCCUCAUGGUAGCAACUACCGUGGCGGUGGCUGGAAUCCGCUUUGGAUACGGCAUACCUCUCAUCUGCCCGGGUGCCCACAUCGGCCACGGCGCGGCCCCACAAGCUCCGUUUGUGGCGGUGCAUUAUGCCAUCGGCUUCGCCGAUAAGGCAGCCAGAUGA